GACGGCUUCUGUGCCUCGACCAGCCCUCUCGCCCUCGUCGCCGGCUGCCUCCGCCGCCGCACGCCGCCGCCGCCACCUCAUCGCUGGCCCGCGCCGCGCCGCCGCCUGAUGGGAUUCCGCGCGUCUAUAUCCCACGUCCCUCUUGCUGCUUCUCUUCCACUCGCCUCCGUCGCGGUGAGCGAGCGAGCGCGAGCGGCGAUGGAGGAGACGAGGAGGAGGGGUGGUCGAAUGUGAGAGGCGAAUCCACGUCUUGCCGCUGAGAAGGCGGCGGGAGGGAGCAACGUCGUGAGACCCACCACGCGGUCGCUGACGGGUGGGCCCAACCACCCGGCCGCCGCCACUCCCGCGCCCUUAUCAUCUAUCUGCCUCGUCUUCUCCGCCCCCUCAAGCUGUUCGACGGAAUGGCGCAGUGGGACGCGCUCGUGGACGCCGCGCUGGCGAGGCUGGCGUCCAGGAGCCUCCUGCGCGCCACGCGCCCCAUCGCCCUCGCGCCGCCGCCCGCGCCGCCGGAGACCUUCCCCUGCCCAGGCCCGUGGGACCGCGCAGCCGUCGAGAUCCGGCUCGACCGCGCAACGCUCCACCAAUGGCUGGCUGAAGGUGGUGAGGGGAGUGGCCAAGAAGAGAAAGUGGACGAGAAACUGAUUCUUUUCUCCGGGAAUGAUUACAUGGGCCUCAGCUCGCAUCCUGCAAUUCGCCAUGCCGCAGUGAAGGCAGCUGAAGAGUACGGCAUGGGCCCUAGAGGAUCUGCGUUGAUUUGUGGAUAUACUACCUAUCACAAAAUGGUGGAGGAAUCGUUGGCAGAGCUGAAGAAAAAGGAGGAUUGCCUUCUUUGUCCCACUGGAUUUUCUGCCAAUAUGGCUGUAAUGACGGCUCUGGGAAACAUCAGCUCUCUGUUGGCUGCUGGGAGAAAACCUGCGGAGGACGAAAGAAUAGCAAUUUUCUCAGAUGCUCUGAACCAUGCUUCGAUCAUUGAUGGGAUUCGCCUUGUUGAGCGACAGCAAGAAGUGGUAUCAUUUGUGUACAAGCACUGUGACAUGUCCCAUCUUGAACUUUUGCUAUCCAGUUGCUCAAUGGAAAAGAAAGUUGUUGUCACAGAUAGCCUGUUCAGCAUGGAUGGUGAUUUUGCUCCAUUGCCUGAGCUUGUCAAGUUGCGCAGAAAGUAUGGGUUUUUGUUGGUGAUCGACGAUGCACAUGGAACACUUGUUUGUGGUGAGAAUGGUGGUGGUGCACCUGAGCUGUUUGAAUGUGAGAAUGAGAUUGACAUAAGUGUUGGCACCUUAAGCAAGGCUGCUGGCUGCCAGGGUGGUUUUAUAGCAUGCAGUACCCGAUGGAAGAGGCUGAUUCAAUCGCGAGGUCGUUCCUUCAUAUUUUCAACUGCUUUACCAGUGCCAGUAGUUGCUUCUGUGUAUGCUGCCCUCUAUGUAUCAAGGGAGGAGAGAUGGCGGAGAUCAGUGAUCUGGAGGCAUGUGCAGUAUUUUGCCUCUUUGACAAAACUCAACAUAACAAGUCCCAUAAUUUCCAUUGUAGUUGGAAGUGAAAAAGCAGCACUUAGAGCUGGAAGGGAUAUGCUAAGAUCUGGAUUUCAUGUCACGCCAAUCCGACCACCCACAGUACCGCCCAACUCAUGCAGGUUGCGAAUAACUCUCAGUGCUUCUCAUUCUUCGGAUGACAUCAAAAGGCUGGUGGAUGCGCUGACGCCGUGGCUCCCUCACAAACAUGAUAUUCAGAUAUAUGCUGUGGCAUCAAAGCUCUAAACAAUGAUUCAUCCGAGUGUUCAGCUCAUCAAGCUUCAAGAAGUAACAUUAGCUGAGAUCCCACCGGAUGAUAUGGGAGAAAAGGGGAUAAGUUAGUGCUGGUUGACGCGAUUAAUACUGGGAUAUCUUUGUAUUACAGCACAAUCAAUAUGAAUAUGAAACAUAACUGAUGAAACAGUACUACAUCUUUUGCCCUC